AUUGAAUCAGCUGCAAUGGAUGACAAAUCGGCUGCAGAAGCAGCCAACAAUAAUCAUGUGAAACUCUCCGAAGUUCAGCUAGUGCAGAGCGAAUUUGGUGCUCCGUUGGAUGAGUGCUAUAAAUUGGCGAUUAAGUACUAUAAAGAAAGGGAGAAAGCUGGCGAUUUGGGUGUUUCUUAUGACGAUCGCGUAAUGUUGAUGGCUUUGAGCAAGCAGGUUAAGAGUUUCUCCGCUACAAUUUUGUGCUCUUAUUUUCUUUGA